UGUCAGUCAAACGGUUGUUCAGUUGGUUGGAAUCAUUCUAAUCGUAUAGCCAUGUUUGAUGUAAAGGAACAAGUGAUCCUGGUGACUGGUGCAGCAUCUGGCAUCGGAGCUGGCUUGACGAGAGCAUUUCUAGAUAAAGGAGCCAAGCAUGUUGCAGUACUAGAUGUAAAUGAAAAAUUAGGAAAGGAAUUGGAGCAGGAACUAAAUAAAAAACAUGGAGAAAAUAAGGUUAAGUUUCACAAAUGUGACGUUACAACAGAAGAACUAGAAUCAGCAUACGACAGAACGAUUGAAGAAUUUGGAUACAUAGAUAUUGUUGUUAACAAUGCGGGUGUUAUGAAUGACAGUCCUGAUGUUUAUUUAAAAGCCCUUAAUAUUAAUGUGGCCGCAUUAAUGAGGAGCUCUAUGAAAGCAUACAACUUGAUGAGAAAGGACCGAAAUGGGAAGGGUGGCACUAUAGUAAAUAUUUCGUCCAUCAUGGCUUUAUUUCAAAGUUACAUAUUACCGGUUUAUAGCGCAGCUAAAAGCGCAGUACUACAAUUUGGUGGCUGUCUUGGUGCACAACCAACAUACGAAAGAACGGGUGUUCGAGUAGUGACAGUGUGCUUUGGAGCCACUGAAACAAAUUUGAUCCAUCCAGCUUCUAUGGGAGCUAUUGAUGAAGUUUUAACACACCGUAUUGCACCCGGCUUGGAAAAAAUGCCCAAACAAGACGUGGAGUCGGCGGUAAAGGGAUUUAUGACAGCAUUAGAGAACGGACACAGUGCUAGCACAUGGCUGGUUACUUCAAAGAGACCAGCCGAAGAAAUAACCGACAGAAUGAAGAAGGCUUACCAAAUUAUGGCCGAAGGAAUUUUUCAAUAGUCUCCCUUUAAGUCCACAUUACUAAAAAAUAACAAAACUCUUGCCGAAAACGUUGGAUAUUAUUUCACUUCUACAACUGCUUAAAAGUCUUGACUUCCUCGACAUUUCUCUUCCAUAUCAUCUGGUAUCCAUUCUCAUAAUUAUUUUAUUGCCAAGUUACUUCAGAUCUUUUUCAAAAUAAUCUAUCAUUCAUCGUAUCCUAGUUUUUUAAAGUCUUUUCUUACGUGGUCUUGGCCAUUGCUUAAAAUAAGCUGCGUUUCAUUUAUUUAGGAGAAGAUUUCGAAAAGAUUGCUACUUGCAACUUGCAAAACCUGAUAAUCUUUUCUAAGGACUAAAAUUUUUUUGGACUUUUUGUAAUUAAACGACAAAAAGUUCACUCUAAUUCCCAUGUUUUUAGCACUAAGCGAAAAUAUUAAGAGUAAGAAUGAAGCUGGGUGAACAUUAAUAAUACAUUUUGUAAAAUGUCAGUGGAAAUAAAAUUUAUGGUUGUUUUGUUGUAUAA